AUGUCUCAAGUGAAGAAAAGGUCAGGUACUGGAAAAAAGACCCCACUAGUCUCUGAUACUGUUAUUGAUGUCCCAGUUGGCGACCACAGCAACAAUGGUAAAAGAAGCAAAAAGCAAUUGAAAGAGAAAGAGGUUGAUGCAUACGAAUCAGUGAGUACCGAACCCGAGUACAAGUAUUGGAUAGCAUUGUCGAUUGUUACCGUUCUUGCGUUUUAUGUCAGAUUUACAAAAUUGGGCACUCCUGAUAAGGUUGUAUUUGAUGAAGUCCACUUUGGGAAGUUUGCGUCGUAUUAUUUGGAGCGUACAUACUUUUUUGACCUACACCCACCUUUUGCCAAGUUGUUGAUAGCUUUUGUGGGUUGGUUAAUUGGCUACAACGGUCGCUUCAAAUUCGAUGCGAUUGGUGACUCUUACACUGAAAACAAUGUUCCUUAUAUUGCGUACAGAAGUUUACUGGCUAUUCAAGGAACGGCUGUUGUGCCAAUCAUGUUUUGGACUAUGAAAACAUUGGGAUUCAGUGUGGCUGCAUGUCUAUUCUCUGCUAUUAUUGUUUGCUUUGACACUGCUCAAGUGGUGGAUAGCAGGUUGAUCUUGUUGGAUGCAACUUUGAUCUUGAGUGUUGCGUUGACAAUAUUCAGUUAUUGCAAAUUUUCAACCUUUCGAAAAGAGCCUUUUGGUAAGAAAUGGUGGACUUGGUUAUUGGCUACGGGUGUAUCAUUGUCGUGUGUCAUUUCAACCAAGUAUGUUGGAGUCUUCACCUACUUUACCAUUGGUAUCGCCGUCUGUCAUGAAUUGUGGAUCUUGUUAGAUUAUAGGAAAGGAUUAACCUUGCAGCAAUUUAGCAAGCACUUUUUUGCUAGAUUAUGGGCCUUGAUUAUUAUUCCUUUCAUCAUUUACUUGACCUGGUUUUACAUUCAUUUUGCUAUAUUAACAAAGUCUGGUCCUGGUGACUCUUUCAUGUCAUCCGAGUUUCAAGAGACAUUACAGGAGUCCCCAUUAGCAAAGCUCUCAAAGCAGGUACAAUACUACGACCAAAUAACCAUCAAGCACAAAGAUACUGGCGCAUUUUUACACUCUCACGAACACGUGUAUCCCUUACGUUAUGAAGAUGGAAGAAUUUCCUCAAACAAACAACAAGUUACUUGUGUUGAAUCUGCAAAUGCUGCUUCUGACCCAAACAACCAAUGGGAAGUUAUUCCUGUUGCUGUACAGGACGAUGGAGCCAAGGGAAAGGAUGUCUACACCAACGAUGUUGUGAGGUUCAAGCACGUCGGAACUGGUGGAUAUCUUUUGACACACGAUGUUGCCUCCCCAUUGAAAGCAACGAAUGAGGAGUUUAUUGUAGUCUUUGACGAUGUCGCUGAAACGAGAUACAAUGAAACGUUGUUUAGAUUGAAAUUGGACGUUCCAGGGUCAUCACCAAAGAAACAAAACCAAAGAAAGAAAAUCAAGACUAUGGCUACUCCAUUUAGAGUUUUGCAUAUGGACACAGUUGUCGCCAUGUGGACUCACAAUGACGAAUUAUUACCUGAAUGGGGGUUCAACCAACAAGAAGUUAGUGGAAACAAAAACAUCAAAAGCAAAGAGAAUGUAUGGACAUUUGAUCUGAUUACAAACUUGGAUGAAUCUGAUCCCAGAAGCAAGUACGUACCAAAGAAAAUCAAGUCCAUUCCAUUUUUGAAAAAAUGGUGGGAGUUGCAAGGCUUGAUGUUUCACCAUAACAAUCAACUUAGUUCAACACACCCAUUUGCAUCGCAACCUGACUCAUGGCCACUAGCAUUGAGUGGUGUGUCUUUUUUCAACGACAAUGAGGCAAAAAAGCAAAUCUUUUUUGUCGGAAAUGUAAUCGGUUUUUGGUUGGAAGUGUGUUUCUUGUCAAUUUAUGUUGGUCUAGUCUUGGCUGAUCAAAUCACCCUUAGAAGGGAUUACCAUUUGUUGAGCAAAAAGGCUAGAUCGAGACUAUACAACACCUUGGGAUUUUUGUUCAUUGGUUGGUGUGCCCAUUAUUUCCCCUUCUACUUGAUGAAUCGUCAAAAGUUUUUGCACCAUUACUUGCCCGCUCAUCUAAUAGCCGCCUUAUUUUCAGGUGGGUUAGUUGAAUUUGUCUGUUCCAACAAUUCAGCGUUGUCAUUGCAUGCAAAUCAAAAAUUCAAAAAGAUCAAGAUGACAGCCUUGGUUGGUGUUGCGUCUGUUGGUAUCAUUUGGUUCUUUUUCUACUUUAGACCAAUCACAUACGGGGAUGUUUCAUUGACGCCAGAAGAGGUGAAAGCAAGACAGUGGCUAGACAUCAAGUUGCACUACGCCAAGUGA